CUCUUGCCAACUGUUGUUUGUUUGUCUAAUGCUCUUGUCACUCUUUCUUGUUUCAUCGAAUAAGUUUAUAAGAAGGCAAAAGGAAACAUGAGGGAGAUGGAAAUGUAGAUUCUGAAGAGGAGGUUUCAGGGUUUUUGUAUGGACAGGCUUCAGAAGGAAGUAAUUGCUCUAAGGAAGAUUUGUGAGAGUGAAGACGGUAUUAUAAUGCCAAAAAAUGACGAAAGCAACAUGUUGUUGAAGAAAGUGGAUAACGAAGGCCAUUAAAGUGAAACAAGAAUGCAAAGAGGGAAGCUGCAGCGAGAGAAAAGGAAAAAACGUGUUGGCAGUGUUGAACAAAGAGUCAAAAACGAUGUAGAAAGGCAAACUUUCCGAGAAGCCGCCUACAUAUUCACGUUGAAAAUCCUGUCUAAUAGAGGAAGAAGAAGAAGCUUAUUAGAAUGAAGAUAUUCAAGAACAUUGGUCUUCGUUUAGGUGUACAUAUUGAGUAGGUGGGGGAUUACAAGAACCUCGAACUCAAGAAGACGUCUGCGUGUGUUUAUACCGUCUGGAUUGCAAAAUGUGUUUUAAAUGUUGAAAUAAAACUUGCAUCUCUUAGCCUAUCUUUUAGUUGAGAUACUAGCAAUUAUCAUGAGAAUCUAAAGGAAGUGAGAAGGAACCGAACCAUAUAGCAAAAUGAAAGGCAUGGUUGAUCUUCGUAGCAAGAUCAAUUUAAAGAGGGAGGAUCUCCAUGGUGCUCUAUGUAAGAUGAUGUUUCCUGCUGUGUAGACGUGCAAGCGUUGGAGGAGGAAAUGAGUUGAAUACCUCUGUGAAUGUUGGGAGAGCAAUGAUACGUAUACAUACCAAAAGGAUUUGAUGUCUAAAGAUAGAAGAAUGGAUUUAGAGUUGACAAAAGACAAGAGAGCGCAAAACAUGGCGACCCUCUGGUCCAUUAUUUGGAAGACCAAAGAUCCACAGGAUCAACAUCAAACCCUCUCUAUCUGCUUAAUCACGUAAAACAAGACAAAAACAUAUGGCGAAGAACCGAGCGGAUGCUCCGGUGGAGACUCCUCCUCGGAUGAGUGAGGUGGUGGGAGAGAUUGACACUCGUUCUCCCUUCCAAUCCGUUAGAGACGCCGUUAGUUUAUUCCGUCAAGCUAGCUUCUCUAAGCAACAACAACAACCGCGUCUCUCCUCUCCAUCCUCCUCACAGGACGCAACGGAUGUGUCGGAGAAAGAGACGCAGCUUCUGUUAGCAGAACAAGAAAUGGACAGAGUCCAGCUCUGUCUCGAUACCUCUGUCAAAGCCAAAGCAAGAGCUCUCUCUGAUCUCGACUCUGCUCAGCGAAAGGCCUUUGACUUGAGGGCUAAACUAGAAGCCACCAAACAUUCCAAAAAAUCUGCCAUCCUAACCAAACACACAAUGAACCAACGGUUAGAAAAACUCCAAUCUCGAAGCCAAGAAACAGAGCGCGCAAGAGAGAACUACAUUUUAGCUACCGCGGGGCUACUCAUGGCGAGGCAAAAGCUCGCGGAGAUAAAACAAGAAUUCAGCAUUUCCGUGGAAGAGAGGCUAUCAGAGCUUCAUAGAGCAGAGGAAGCAGAGUGCGCAACAGUGGUUAACUCCCAAAAGAUCAGAGACAUGACACAUGAGAUAUCCGAGAUGCGUGACGCUGCUGAGAGGCUGAAGUCAGGUGCUGAUAGGAUAAAAAAAGAAGAGGAAAAGAUCAACGAGGAGAGAGUGGACAUGGGAGAAACUUACGGGGAUAUGAAACAAGAGGCUGAGCUGAGGCUGGAGGAUCUGAGACGAGGUUGUGACCCUGAGCUGAGGAAAGAUAUAGAUGAGCUGGAGGAGAUAUCUGCAGAGAACGAGCUUUUACAAGAGGAGAUCAAACUUGCUAGGGAGCUCAAAGAGGCCAAGAGCGCGAUGCGUGAGAUUUUUGAUGAAGAAAGAUCAUACAAAAGCUUGGUGGGAUCUCUCACGGUGGAGUUGGAAGGUGUGCAGAGAGAGAACAGAGAUCUGAAGGGAAAGGAAAACGAGAGAAAAGCUUUUGAAGAAGUAGAAUGGGUUGAAGUGAGUCGAAAGGUCGAUGAAAUCAUCAGUGAAGCUGAGAGGACAAGACAAGAAGCGGAAGAGAUGAGGAUGCAGGUGGAUGAACUCAGGAGAGAAGCAGCAGGCAGGCGUACAGUGAUGGGUGAAGCAGUGAAGCAGCUAGAGAUAGUUGGAAGAGCUGUGGUGAAGGCGAAAACCGCAGAGAGGAGAGCUGUGGAAGACAUGAGAGUACUUACUGAUAAGAAGGAGAGUUUGACUCACGAUGAGCCUGAUAAGAAGAUUAGAAUAUCAUUGAAAGAGUACGAGGAGUUGAGAGGGAAGCAUGAAGAGUCAGAGAGAAUGGUUCAGUACAAGGCCAAAACGGUUGCUGUUCAGCUGGAAGAGAUCAAGGAGAGCAGAGUAGAAGGGGAGAUAAUGCUGGAGGAGAAGAUGAAAGAGAUGGAAGAAGUAGAGGAGGCUAUUGAUUCUGCGUUGAGAAACGCAGAGAUCGCAGAGGAAGCACACUGCAUCGUCGAUGCUGAACUUAGAAAAUGGAAACCACAAGAGUUGUAGCAUAUGUUAUUGAUGUUUAGGUAUUUAGAGAAGUACUAGAAUAUGUCCAUAUAUGUUUUUUUGGAUAAAUUGAUAAUUACUCAGAGUUGUUCAUUAGUGCUAUAACACUGGAACAAAGACUUGAAAGAUAGAUUUUCAAGGGCA